ACACUGUCCUUCCCUCUAGUCUCCAUGCAUUAUUGCGUCCCAGCCUAAGCAGUUUCAACGACAUUCAUGUCCGAGCUUCGAGGUGCGAAUCUUAGAAACGUGCGAAUAUCAUAUAUCGUCACGUGUAUCAAAUCACCAAUCUCAUCGCACUAUUUGAAUUAUAACCCGCGAGCUUUGUUGACGGUAACCGGAUCAUAUGAAGCGGUAACCCCAAAUAUCACCGAUUGUCAGAAAUACUUCGGUUCGUUGUAAAGGUCACUAUCAAACAAAGUAAUCGUCAAUUCGAGAACCCAGCAAAUUGUUUAACGUUAAAAUAAGCCAUGGAGCAACUGCAAACUGCGUUAACUGCAAUCAAAGUACUGCGAUCGAGUGUUGGGCAGGUUUUCGACUCUUUGGGAAACGGCCUGAGAGCCGAUCAUGGUGAAGAUAACAAGGAGGCCAAGUACCUUCAGGAACUCCAGGAACUUCUAACUACUGUUAACGGCAAUCUAAGAGAUGUCGAACAAACAGUGAGCACUCUGAACCCACCACCAGGUCCAUUCAAUCUGGCAAGUACGACCUACCUAAGCCAGGAAACAACACAGGAAAGACAAGCGCUCUACAGCACAUUGGUAAAUAGUUAUAAAUGGACGGAUAAAGUUCACGAGUACAGCAACAUUGCCCAAACACUGCUUAGUCAGAACUCUUUGAAGCGUUCGUACACAAACUCGAGCAGAGCAAAGAGAGGAAGAUCGCAAACGAGCAGCCAUAAUGUUCCUCCACAGCAGGUCGACUCUGUCAUAACAACAAUCGACAGACUCUUCAAUGACAUGACGGUAACUGUUUCACGACCGUUCGCCUCCAAUGCCGUGCUUCACGUCACUCUUGGUCACGUUUUGAAAGCGGUGAUUGCAUUCAAGGGAUUGAUGAUCGAGUGGGUGGUCGUAAAAGGUUACGGAGAGACAAUGGAUUUGUGGACGGAAUCGCGACACAAGGUGUUCAGAAAAGUUACGGAGAAUGCUCACGCCGCUAUGCUUCAUUUUUAUUCACCCGCCUUGCCUGAACUUGCUGUUCGAUCGUUCAUGACCUGGUUCCACAGCUUGAUUAAUCUGUUCAGUGAACCCUGCAAACGAUGCGGAUUACAUCUUCACAGCGCCCUACCGCCUACUUGGCGAGAUUUUCGCACUCUGGACCCUUAUCAUCAAGAGUGCAAACCCUAGUAAUAGAAAUUCUGUAAUUUAUUAUGACUGAUAAUAAACUAUAAAUCUAUGUACACGCAA